AUGAACAUUGUCGCCAAGACCACGCUGGAUCUCAUCACCGUUCGGAGCACCCUGCCAGCGGUGCCCUUCCCGCCUCCAGGGCGUUGGCCGAUCUUCAGGACCGCCCGUCUCCUCAUCCGCCCAUACGCAGCCGACGACCUCGAGGCCCUGCACGCGCUGCGAGCGCAAAACGAGGUGAUGCAGUGGACGUCGGCGGGAACGCCGGACGCGACGCUCGACCGCACGCGGGAGAUGCUGGCCAAGAAGCUCGACGACGACAUCAACUACGGCUGCGUCAUCUGCCUCGCCUCGACGGGUGAAGUCAUCGGCUCCGGCGGCGUCGGACCGCGCACGGGCGAGCUCGGCUGGCCCAACAUGGGCUACAUUCUGCGAAAGGAGUUUUGGGGCCGCGGCUACGCGACCGAGUUCACGAGGUGCCUCCUCGACGUCUGGUGGGCGCUUCCGAGGGCCGAAGUCGUCGUCGCCGUCGACAGGAGCACCGUCGCCGGCAGCGUAGCCCACGGGGAUGUCGUGGCCGAAAGCUUGGUCGCCAUCACGAUCGGCGAGAACGAGGCAAGUCGGCAUGUGCUGGAGAAGGUGGGCAUGACGCUCGUCAAGAUAUGGGAGGAGACGGACCGCCGAGACGCCACCCGGCUCGUCGAUCUGUACGGCUACACGGGGCAGACGCCCGAGAGAAACGGCGUGCAAGUGGAUCUGUCGAGCUCGUCGCCCGUGCCGGGGUCGAUGAUUGUUGUGCUGCGGACGGCUCAUCUGCGACCGCGAGGGUCCCGUCACCGAUCGGUCGAUCGACUUGAUUUGGGUCAGAGCCGCAUUAUCCUUGGGCUAGAACGGGGUUCCCAGGCCACCGAGGCUGACGUCGCGCCGCUCGGGGUAAGCACGGAUGCGAAUCGUACGGGUCUGGGGCCGUGGUCAUUGGGGAGGGGCGCGCCGGUGACGGAUGCCGCUGCGCUUGACCUGGCCGAUACGGAGACGAGGGAGAAUACCUGCGUGUUUGCUAUCAGCUGA